CGCAGAAUUUUUAUCCCUUCUUUUGUUAGUUGCUACCAGUAGCAUCGACCUUAUCCCACAGCCUUGGACACGUCUUCUCUUCUCUCGUAGUCCAUCUUUUCAAGGUGUUCACACGGCAAGGCGGGAUUUCUUGGUCCGUCAGGGGUCUCAUUCCGUUGGUUGUCGUACUCAUCUGAUCGUUGAUGUCGUCGUGGGAAUCGCCUAAUCCCCGCCUGUCUCUCAACCGUCUUCGAUUGUGACUGAUCUGCAUCCACCCAAGGGAGGACUGGGGGUGAGUUGUCCACAAAACCACCACCAACAACCCCCAAUUUCGAGAAGCCGAUUGAGCCGAUUUGUGAGGUGCCCCUUGACAGCACGAGUAGCGGGAGGUAAACAUUCGGACCUGGAGUUGUACGUUAUGAUCGAUCCCGACUGCGCAUCAGUGGGAUGUCGUGAGAAACUCAACCAGUCAACCGCAGCCCCUCCCCUGCAAACCUGGUACUGACAAUGUUAUGUGCAGCGAUUCAGCCUCAAAAACCACACAAGGAUCGUCCCAGGUACGGAUUCCUAUUCCUUCCCUCCCACUAGACACUGCAUUUCUUUUUUUCCGAGUCGAUUCAGGGUCGUGCGAGUGGGUUGCCUGCUUAGCUCUGUGAUCAGCAGUCGACAUCGACGUCGGCCGUACGUCACUUCCAUUCCUGGGAACCACCUCACUCCUUCACAUUUCAACCAGAAUUCCAUUCCAUCAUCCAUUUGGGGAUCUUUUUCCACUGCAACCAUCCCGAUACAAAGACCGGGAAAUUGAUCUUCUGCUUACCCCCGAACAGCCUCACCAGCCUUGCUACCCAGCCUUGUCCUGGCGGCAUUGCCUGGCUUUGUCCGUGCAUAUCUCGAGAUACGGCGUCAGCGAGAAGAGCUGAAUCGGCCUACCGUCUGACCCGGUCACGAAAACUCUUUGAUACCGUUCUUUGCAAUCCGAUUCUCCGAAUCGAUUCACCGAUCGGCCACUUCACGUCGACCCAACCAAUUCAUCGCGAGCACGUUUUUCCACAAACUCUUGGAAAGGCACAGGUGGUCUUUCACAUCUAGAAGCCAUCAGGAUGUCAGACGAAGUCGACUUCGACUUCGGCGACAAUGUCGACAAGGCGACCUUUGAACAAAUCCUGGAUAUGGAUGAAGAAGACGACCGUGAUUUCAGCAAGUCAAUAGUCUUUGGUUUCUUGGAACAAGCGGAGCAGACCUUUGGAAAGAUGGACUCUGCCAUGAAAGAUAAAAACCUCCCAGAACUCUCCAGUCUUGGUCACUUCCUCAAAGGAUCGUCUGCCACGUUAGGUUUCACCAAAGUCAAGGACGAAUGUGAAAAGAUACAACACUAUGGCCACAAGAAGAAUGACACUGGAGAAGUCGAUGAACCUGAUGAAGACAAGUGUUUGAAGCUUAUCGGUGAAAGCUUGGACGAAGCCAAGCGAGCAUAUGAGGUCGUCAAUGGCCUGAUGAAGCAAUUCUACGCAGAAGUUUGAUCCUUCUUUGGCCGCAACCAUCAGUGCGACACAACUCUUGACACCACACGACUGUACUAGUGGCGCUUAGAAGCGGAGCGAGCGAUAUCAUCAGGAUGACUACGACUCGUUCAGAAGAUUUGCAAUGCAUGGGCCGGCGUGGGCGACGAACUCUUGGGGGUGGUGUGUGCGAAAAAAUUCCUUCCUUUCAAUUUGUUUCUAGAUCAUGGAUUCGGAGUUAAUACUCCUUUAUGAACGACUUCGAAUGGGUUCGAUUGCGAGCAAGGGACAUACAGGACAAUGCUAAUUGCUUUUGUUGCUGGAGCUAUGGACCUGAAUGAUUGCCAUCUCCAGCUAAGUCCUUCUCCGUUCUCUUUCCUAUCUCGGUCCAGCAACACAGCUCUCCA